AUGAGGAAACAUGACCAUGCUACUCCUAAGCCUUUGGGACCUCGUCAAAAAGGAGGUAAAAAUUUGAAUGCUUCUCACGGAAGGGCCACGGGGAGUAAAGCCAAAGGGACCAGCAUCAAUGACCCACCAUCUCAAGCGGAGCAACCAACACAUGAAGAACCUGAUUCUGAUACACCUACUGAACAAGAAGGUGGUGAGGAGGAGAGGAAUGAAGAACAAAGUGGUGCAAAGGAAGGUGGUGAAGAAGAAAAAGAAGGUGACGAGGAAGGUGAUAUAGAGAUAAGAGAAGUCGUUCAAGAACAAGAAGGAGACCCUAAAGGAAAACCCGAUUGUGAUGAAGAAAACUCCCGUAACUUUGAAGCCAAGAAUCGGUUUUCAUCAACCAAUAUGUAG